GUAAUGGGGAUGAUAAUUUCUCCUACAAGGGAGUUGGCAUCUCAGAUAUUUAAGGUGGCAGAGCCAUUUAUUUCGACAUUAUCGAAAGUGAGGCCGAUACUUUUAGUGGGAGGAGCUGAAGUGAAAGCUGGUAUGGUUAAAAUAGAAAAGGAAGGGGCGAAUUUGUUGAUAGGGACGCCUGGUAGAUUGAAUGAUAUUAUGGAGCGAUUUGAGGCACUGGAUUUCCGCAGCUUGGAGAUUUUGAUUCUAGAUGAAGCCGAUAGACUACUGGAUAUGGGAUUCCAAAAGCAGAUCAAUGCUAUCAUAUCACGCCUGCCAAAGCAAAGAAGAACAGGUCUUUUUUCAGCCACUCAAACUGAGGCAGUUGAGGAGCUAUCCAAAGCAGGAUUAAGGAAUCCAGUGAGGGUCGAAGUUCGAGCUGAAUCAAAGAGACUUAAGCAUGUAACAUCUUCAGAACUAAUUGCCCCUUCCAAAACUCCUUCACAACUUAGAAUCGAGUAUCUUGAAUGUGAAGCAGACAAGAAACCUUUACAGCUCAUUGAUCUCCUCACUAGGAACAGGGCUCAGAAAAUAAUAAUCUAUUUCAUGACUUGUGCAUGUGUUGAUUACUGGGGAGCUGUUCUUCCACUUCUACCUGCUUUGAAGGGUUUCUCUCUGAUCUCCCUUCAUGGGCAGAUGAAACAGAAAGUUAGGGAAAAGGCAUUGGCCUUAUUUACGUCUCUAUCAAGUGGCGUUCUUCUUUGCACUGAUGUGGCCGCUCGUGGGCUUGACAUUCCUGGCGUUGACUGUGUAUUACAG